GCUGGUUAACAGACACUAUGACUGUACUGUACGAAUAAAGUUGUGCUGCUCCUCAGAUGUAUACAGACGAUAACUGUGACAGUCAGAGAACACUUUGCAGCCCUCCACUCAUUUCUUCAUUGACUGUGGGACAUUUAUACUUUAUUUACUUUUGGAACCAAACUAACCAUUAGAGAAUGACUUUGUAACCUUAAGUACCAUUCAACUGGAGGGUGAAAGGGCAGAGGAUUGGAACAACAAAAAGCUGUGAGCUGUUAGUUACCAAGGAGAAAGGCAUCUGAAAUAAUAAAGAAGAAGAAAGACUCCAUACUGUUUGCAGCACUCCGAAGGGUGUUACUGCAUCAAACCGACAUUCUACAGAUUUCAACCGGAUCCAAACUUUUCUGACAAUCAUCUCAGUAGAUUUGACUGUUGUUGGGAGAGAUGAGAGCUAUGUUUCCCCUGUUCCUGUUGAUUCAGAGUGUUAGUGGAUGGAUGCAUCCUAAAUGCCACGUUUAUAACAGUGGUGAACACUUUCCCACCUGGAACUACUGUCCUUUGGCAGAACAGUACACUGCUGCCUGUCGAGAUGUCACAGCCAUCGAGGAGGUUCUGCUUGGACUUCCCUCUCAUAUCAAUACCCUCUGCAUAUCUAUGAAACAUGGUGAAAAUAGUUCCAUGUCUCUGGGCUUUUUCGCUCGUUUUCAGUAUUUGAAGUACCUGUUCAUUGGAGGCUGUUUUCCUCAAAUCCUUCCAGCUGGGAAUAGCCAGGGCCUUCAAAAUCUGCAACAUAUGUACUUUAAUGGAUUGGUCACUGGGUGCUGUGAUUGUCAUAUUGGGCCUAACACAUUCAGAGAUCUAGUCAAGCUAAGUAAUUUGACCAUAAUUGGUUAUAGGCUAUCAGCAAUGGCACCAGAUGUUUUCCAUGGCAUACCUCAAUUACAAAGUGUCUUUAUUCAUGAACCCUGUGUAGAGGAUUUGUCAGAAAUACUAUGCAGAAUAAUUAACAUAAUGUCACUUACAGAGUUAAAUGUACAGGCACCAAAUAUACAAUCAUUAAACCAAUCAAACUGCUCCAUCUUAAACGCCACCGAAAGCAAUCUAACAAGCGCUAGUUUAGGUUUCGGUCAAAUAAACCAUAUAGAGGRAGGUGCACUGGCUUGUCUCCAGAACCUGACACGUUUUUCUGGGGUCCUAAACCAGGAUGUCCUACUGCGCCUUCCCCUGUCUGGCAUUAAGCAAAUCCAGUUCUUGUAUUUCUCUGGUAGGACUGACAUUGAUUUCGAAAGUAUCUGUAAUGUAGUGUUUUUGCUUUCAAUCAAGGAAAUACAUUUAGCCAAUGUCAAUACAAGCAGCCUCUCCAUGUCCAGUGUGGAAUUGUGCAUUGGGCUGGAAUCUAUGGGUUUUCAUGGACUUGAAGCCUUCUAUUCUUCUCCCCAUUUGAAAUUGAAUUUUAUUUCCAGUCUCAAAAACCUUAAAAUAUUAUAUGUAUGUGACCAGACAGCGAACAGUCUUGACCUCUGCUCCUUCCGAAAACAACCAAUCACAUGGUUAACACGACUCACUUUCAUGUCGAGAAAUGUACAAACGCUUUUUGCAAAACAGUUCAGCUGUCUUGAGAACCUGCGGUCUCUAGAUUUGUCAUGUUUCAUUUCAAACAUUGAAGACUUUGCUUUCUUCGGAUUGGCAAAUCUGGAGUCCUUAGACAUUACACAAAAUAAUAUAACCCAGUUAUAUGCAAACACGUUUAUUGGUUUACAUAGUUUKACAUUGUUAGACCUCAGGGGAAAUCCACAGAUCUACAAUAUUGAAGCAAUGUCUUUCGCACAACUUACGUGUCUAAGACAAGUGUUUCUGGGGUACUUGAACUAUCCACCAAGAGAACCCGUGAUAAAGCUGAAUCUGACACUUGUAUUCGGUGACGUUCUGAGUCACCUGACUCAUCUGUACAUUAGUUCAGGUAUGAGGCCAAUGCAGUUGAUUAUUGGCAGUAACGUCACAUCUAAACAGAACCUGAGUCUCCAACUCAAAGGCCAGACAGUGUCAUUUGAAGACUGUGACAGACCCUUCUUUCAGUCUGUAACCCAUCUUAAUGCUGAUGCUGAAGAAUUCCUUUGUGGAGCUGAAUUCAUGGGAAAGUACUUCACGUCCGUGGAGACAUUUGUCUACAGAUCAAAGCUUUCAGCUAGAAGUGUGGAUUUAACAUCAAUGAAUCAGCUGAUUCACCUGAAAAAACUGACUUUAAUACAGGUGGAUCUUUUAAUACAGCGUUCUGCCGACAUCAUUUUUCACAACCUGACCAAACUGGAGGUUCUGAAACUUUCAAACUGCAGGAUUGACUCUUUGGAGGGGGGUUUAACUAAAGACUUUAAAUCCUUGAAAACAUUAAAUUUGCGUAUCGAGAACAUUUAUAAUGUAAUCUACAGCUUUACUGAACCUCUCUCUAGCCUAAAGUAUUUGAUACUUGAUACAUUACAGAUUUUUUGCAGUUGUGACAAUGCUUGGCUCAUUGCAUGGGCAAAGGCGUACAGGCCGGUUGAAGUGAUCAUGCUUAAUCAUGAAGUUAUGUAUAAAUUAGAAGACUUGAUAUGCUUGUCAGACAAUGGACUAGACACACCUAAYUUUGUCAAGUACACAGAAGCCAACUGCACAACAGAGGUGGGCUUUGUGCUCUUUGCUGCGACUGGCCUGGGAGUCCUGUUCUUCAUGCUGGUGGUGCUGGUCCAUAAUCUGGCCGGUCCUUACCUCCUCCCCCUCUACUACAUCACCCUUGGCUGGCUGUCGGAGGCGAUGCGAUCAAACACCAGGGGGCGCUACCACUACGAUGCGUUUGUCUCCUACAGCGGGAAGGACGAGCGCUGGGUGGUGGAGGAGCUACUACCCAACCUGGAGAAGAGGGGUCCCCCUUUCCUGCGCCUCUGUCUGCACAGCAGGGACUUCCAGCUGGGGAAGGACAUUGUGGAGAACAUCACAGACAGCCUCUACCGGAGCCGACACACCCUCUGCCUAGUCAGCCACCACUACCUGCGCAGUAACUGGUGYUCCCUGGAGAUGAAGCUGGCCACCUCCAGGCUGCAGGUGGAGCAAAGGGACAUCCUCCUCCUGGUCUUCCUGGAGAAGAUCCCCCCUUGCCGGCUAUCUCCCCACCACAGGCUGGCUCGCCUUGUCAAGACUAGGACCUAUCUGGACUGGCCCCAGGACCCCCAUCAGCACCAGGCAUUCUGGGACAGACUGUGGGCUAAACUGAAACCUCCAACUGAAGCCUAAGAUCAGAGGGUUAUGUAGGACCUUGUGUUAAUGCUGAGACAAAUAAUGUUGGCAGAUUUGUUGAGGUAUUGCAUUUGCAGUUAAAAGUCCUCGGUACCUAGAGCCUCUCCUCUCGCAGCGGUCUAAGGUGCUACAUCGCAGUGCUUGAGGCGUCACUACAGACCCGGGUUCGAU